AUGUCAGACGAAGUUUCCCAAUUCCUCGAAUCUGUCGAGCGCCUUCGAGGCCAGCAAAUUGAAGAAGACGAGGUCCGCGCCCGUGAACUAGAAGAGUAUCUGGCUGCCAAGCGAGAGCGUCAGGCCCGAAGAGAAGAACGCGCCAGGUCGAUAUCUCCACAGAAAUCCUCGCCAGCAAACACGCCGUCACCACGAUCGAGUCGCCAGACCUCACGAGUCGGGGAACCACCACGGGUCGAUUUGCCGGCCGCUCUUGAGGACUCGACGGAACUAUCCUUCGCCUACACAGAAGGCGAUUCGGAAAACAUGGCCUUUUCGUCCCCUACAAAGGAGAACGAGUCACCUGCCGAUGCCGACAAGCGAAGCACACCACCUGCGCGCUCCAACGCAUUGUCGUGGCAGAGAAGACCGACAUCACGAGGCGGUACCAGGCCUCUGAGCAUGGUUGCCGCCCAAAACGCAACCCAGAGGUCCCUUGUAGGGUCGCCAGAACCCGCGCCACUCUCAGCAACCGAACCCAGCUUCUCGAGGGACCAGAUUGCGCAAAACCUCCUGGCCAAGGACCCGUCCUGGUUUCGCCAGACCUCUGAUAGGGGACAGGGUUCAGCAGCAUACAGGCGCAAUCAGGUGGAGGAUGACGAGCGCUCAGAUGUGAGCUCGGGCAGGGCUCAGCUGCCUGGUAUGUCUGACACUACCAGAGAGCGAUCGACGUCGGCCACUAGCUCGACAACGACUGUGACCGCUCGCGAGGGGCUGGCUUCGCCCCUCCCUAUAUCUGAGUCCAGUUUCGACAGGUCUUUCGAGCCGUCUUCCGAUGAGCUCCCACUCAAAUCGCCAACCGAGUUGCCCUCAAGCCGACCCACUUCACCUACCAAAGGAAUGGGUGGCUUCGUUCAGAGUGCUAUGAUGAAAAGAUCUGACAGCGUGAAACGGUGGAGUGUACAAACGUCUGGCCUUACGAGAGCAGACACGGUCACCCCAAGCCGCAAUGGCACCGGCCGUGAUCGACCUACGUUUCCCCGCAGCCAUUCCAAGACCCCGAGCUUGAGUCGACCAACCUCGCAGCACGGCGAACGACAAGCCAGUAGCGGAGACACCACUGCAGUGUCAGAGGUGACCUCGCCAGCGGGGACAGAGGGCGAUUCCCACACCAACGAUACUGCAGUACCUGUGAGCCCCUCCAAGACCAUGGACACGAGGAGGUGGAGUCCGACCAAAUCGAGCUGGCUAGAGACGGCCCUCAACAGGCCCGAGUCGCCAAAGCCCCAGCCCAAGCCUCAGACACCGAGCCAACCAGCUUGGAAGGAACAGUUGAACCGAAAGGCUGGCAGUACCGCAGAGAACGACACUGGGCGCCCUGCAUCAGUGUCUCAUCGCCAUCAGGUCAGCAUCGGCGGUCUUCUGAGGUCUUCCCCUAUGGGUACUGGAGUCAAGUCCAACACGACUGACCUUGGAGGCAUCUACUCGCCACCAGCUAGAGGCAAUAGGCCAUCGUUGGGCCCCAGAAUCCCCUCGAAGCCCUCACACAUCAAAACUGAGGCCAAGCAAGAGCCACAGGCUGCGGCUAGCGGGGACGAUGAUUCUGCCGAGCCUCUGGCAGCUGAAGGAUCCACGCCCGUGGCUAAAUCACCCGCUCCUAAGCCGAAACCCCAGACGCCCCCCAAGGACUUUCGAGCAAAUCUUCGGCAGCGGCCUACAGAUUCUGGCCGCUCACAAGCUGCCGAGCCAGAGUUCAAAAACGCCCUUGGCAACUUGCGUCGAACCAAGACCCAGAAUUACGUGGCUCCGGAUGAGCUCAAGGGUAACAUCCUUCGAGGCAAGAACGCGCUCAACGUAACAGAUGGACCACAAAAGUCAGUGCGCAAGGAUGAAUUCAAGGAUGCAAUUCUUAAGAAGAAGGAAGACUUUAAAAAGGCACAGCAUGAGGGGAAGGGUGUUACCCGAACCCCUGUAACUGAUGCCAAUAAACCCCUGCCAGAAGGACUAGCACGUCGAAGCGAGCUUGGUAAGCUUCCAAAUGCUAGAGGCAAUACCACAGGGUCGGGAAACUCCGACGCUCCCAAGCCCUCCCCCGCGCCGAAGCCAUCGUCAGUAUCGUCACUAGGGGCCUCGUCACCUCAGGCGCAACAUGUGACGAGCCCUUCUCCCGAGCGUCUCACAAGGGUCUCUACGGAACCCGCUGCAAGCCCUUCUGACCCGACCACCCGUCGCGUACCAAGUCUUCCAAAAGAGACCAGCGCGCCGUCGUCCCUUCAAGGCCGUGUCGGAGGCGGCAAGUUGGCCGAUCGAUUCAACCCUGCACUGGCGGGCAUACUCGCGAGAGGGCCACCUCCCGCGUCCUCUGAAGGAUCGAGAGAGUCUCGGAACGCAACCGAGGCGACACCGACCAGUGGUCCUGAUGAACCAUCAAAGCCUGGACCUCAACUGACACACAUGACUAAGGGUCGUGCGCGCGGCCCUAAGAGGAAAGCACCCACGACCGCAGCGUCUACUCAGCCGCAAAAGGCACCAGAGGUCAAGUCGCAUCAGCAAGACCAUUCUGAGUCUGGCCCCGAGGAAGCUCGCACACCUGUGCGAGCUCUGCCAGUUCCUCCACAAAGCCACGGGACAAAGUCGACUUCGCCAAAAGUAGCGCCGAAGCCUUUAACUAAACCUUCUGUCAGCAGGACACCGGAGAAAGUCUCGCCUCAAGGUCGCCCGACGCCUCUGAGUAUCGGCACCAGGACCCCUGAUGCAGGACCAACUCGCGUCCUUCCAAUCCGCGGCCAACCCACCGGAGCCGACAAGCCUACAGCUGCGCCCGUGUCGCCAAUCAAACCCCACAAGACUGGAGGUGAUGUGUCGCAGCCGGAAUCACCGCGUAAGCUCGACAUGAAUCGCAUGUCCAGGUUCCUGGACGACUCUGCUGUCCGCAGCCGUGCGGACUCUGUUCCCCAGCCGAUCAGGAUGACUCACCAGCGUACUGGCUCGAGGUCACCGACCAAGGUUGAGCGCCCGCUGGAGCCACAACCGCUGUCGCCCACCAAGGUGGACCGCGAGCACACAGUGCCUGUGCGAAGUGCGGCUUCGCGAUUUGGUGGCGGUGUCAAGUCGCCCUCUAGCACCCGCGAGUCUCCCCCUGAAACCUUUGAUCGGGACUUGCUGCCUAGUAUGUCGAGAUCGCCGGGAUCACCCACGCGAGCACUGCCUACUCCAACGGCUGCGAGCGUGCGUUCUCCUAUCAGCAGAUCGCCGGUUCGCUCGCCCACUAAGGCCAGCAGUGAACUGUCGACCAUAUUGACACAGUUCUUCGGGCCUGGUCGCCCUCAACAGAACUGCAAAUUCGAUGCAGCUGAGCUUUUGGCCUCGAAGUCUAAUGGUCAUGGUAAAGUCAAGACCUUGGAUGUACGAAUGGUCCAACUCUCAGGGGAGGGCAAGACGCUUGAUAUACAGCAACAGUUUGAACGAACGCUAUUCGAAGAUGAAAUGUACAUCUGCACACAUGAUUUUAUGAGUGAGUCAGGGGCUCAGACCCUAAACGUCUAUUUCUGGGUGGGCGACGGAGUUCCUCGCGCGACAGCAGAUGACGCACAGCUCUUUGCACAAAGAGAGGCAAAGUCAAGGGGCGGAAGGAUGGUCAGACUUACACAAGGAAGCGAGACUUCAGAGUUCCUGCAGGCCUUGGGCGGAGCCAUUGUUGUUCUACGAGGCUCGAGCAAUAACUUCGAACCCACUGCCAAGAGGAUGCUAUGCGGUCGACGCCAUCUGGGGGAGGUCGUCUUUGACGAGGUCGACUUCCUCCAGAGCAGCCUCUGUGCUGGGUUUCCUUACCUAAUUACUGAGGCUGGCAAAUGCUUCUUGUGGAAGGGCAAAGGAAGCGCCGUCGAUGAACUCAGUUGCGCACGACUCAUCGGCAUGGAGCUCUCGCCCUCGGGCGAGCUCGUCGAGUGCGACGAAGAGUCUGAACCAGACGCUUUCUGGAACCUGUUCGCCCCAGGCACGAAGCCUCAUUCGGCUGAUCACUGGAGACUGAAGCCAAAGUAUGAGAAAUACGGCGGCAGACUGUUCUGCUCUGAUGCCGAUUCGCGCCAGCAGAUCUACGAGAUUUCGCCAUUCAGCCAGGCCGAUCUUCUGUCCACACACAUCUAUGUGCUCGACGCCUUUUUCGAGAUGUACGUCAUAGUUGGCUCCCGCACAGGGUCCAACUUCGCGUCGUUCCGCAACGCUCUCGAGUUUGCACAAGAAUACGCGAUCCUUGCCGCCAGCAUGGAGGACAGGCCCUUCGUGCCCACCAGCACGGUGGUCCUGGAGGGUGUGCCCCGAGACUUGAAGAGGGUUUUCCGCAAGUGGGAAGACAAGCGCAGCCCGACUGUGAUGAAAGAGACUGGCGGGUUGCGCAGAGGGAGGAGUCUGAGGGUUGUACCCCUGACGCAGGCGUUGCAGGCGCUCAAUGAGUGA